CCCGAGUGAGUGUGGCAGCGCACUGUCUCUUUAAGCCGAGCACUCAGGAGCCGGAGCGCUUGUUCAGCACAGCAGCAGCGGCAGCUCCCACUCCUGAGCCAGAGACACCAGCACAGACAGGCUCCCUGUGCCCCCAGCCCAGCUCAGCCGAGACCCGCUCCGGCGCGGCCGCCUCUAGCAGCGGGCGAGCUCCGUGCCAGCCAUGGAUCCGCUUCCCAAAGAAGGGGAACCUGCCCCGGCAGCGGCCGGGGAGCCCAGCAGGGGCACUGCCCCCUCCAGCGGGGUGGUGGUGCAAGUCCGGGAGAAGAAGGGACCCCUGCGCGCUGCCAUCCCCUACAUGCCGUUCCCCGUGGCGGUCAUCUGCUUGUUCCUCAACACCUUCGUGCCAGGGCUGGGGACAUUCGUGUCUGCCUUCACUGUGCUGUGCGGAGCCCGGACUGACCUCCCUGACAGGCACAUGUGCUGCGUCUUCUGGCUGAACAUCGCCGCGGCGCUGAUUCAGAUUCUGACGGCUAUCGUGAUGGUUGGCUGGAUCAUGAGUAUAUUUUGGGGGAUGGACAUGGUCAUUCUUGCUAUUUCACAAGGCUACAAGGAACAGGGGAUCCCACAGCAGCUGUAAUGGCUGGGACAAGGGUGUUCCAAGGAACGUGGUGAGAGGUUGUGUUUGGCAGCUGUGGGCACAAGGACCUUUCCAUUUCCAUUUUCAUUUUCUUUUCUUUUGUUUUUUAAACCAAUGCGUGCGUCUGUUCAGCGGAGCGGAGGUGCAGAGCAGCAGAUGGAGACCUUCACUGAUCCCUUUUAGAACCGGCGAUGAGGCAAACAUGACGUGGGUUAGGACUGGCACAGCCAGCACGUCGUGAUGGGCGGCCAAUCCCGAAGAGGGAGGAAAACAUUGGUAGAAUGAGAUGCUGCUGUGGAAGAUGGCACUUCGGCCAGUGGUGAGAAGAGCGGGGAUGCUGCUUUCUCCAGCCACUGGGUGUGAAGCAGCUGGAGACAUUUGCCCUUCUUGUAGUUCACCAUUAAAGGAGCCCAGCUGUGAACAUCAAGAUGAAGGAGAUAUUUAUAGAUAUAUGUCCAGUAUGUAAAAGCCAAAGCUGAGUGGUACCUUGUUUCCUGAGAGUCCUUUCUUAACUGUUUUGUGAUAGCAGGGGCUCAGCUCAGCCUCUCCUGCUGUGUGUGUGUUUAUGAUGUUCACUGAACCUCUGUCGUUGCAGAUGCUCUGACGUUUUGCUUGUGGCUGCUCUAAAUCAUACUUUACUGGUGACCCAGGCUGUGAAUAUGCCCUACCUGCUUCUACCUGCUGAAAGAAGAGAACAGAUUGGACCUGCCACGAGCCAGCAACAAACUGGUUCUUACAAAGAACUGGGACGCCGUGGUGUGACGUGUGCUUUGUGCGGGGGGUGGGUGGGGUGAGGUUUUGUGCUGUCUAAUGCUUCCGGUUUAAACUGGUAUUUACAGAGACUAAAAUGCCCAUGAAAGAGACUUGUGGAUAAAUAGCACCAUAAUGUGGAAGUUAA